AUGGCGAGGGGCACCACCACCAUGGAGGUGCGCGCAGACGGCGUCGCCGUCAUCACCAUCUCCAACCCGCCCGUCAACGCCCUCUCCCUCGACGUCAUAGCUAGUUUGCAGAGUAACUAUGCAGAGGCGCUAAGCAGGAAUGAUAUCAAGGCAAUCGUCCUCACUGGUGCCAAAGGAAGGUUCUGCGGCGGGUUCGAUAUAGCUGCGUUUGGAAAUAAGCCAAAAAAUGAGAAGCCUGGAUCUAUGUCUAUUGAUUUCUUGACUGACGUAGUGGAAGAUGCUCACAAACCGUCAGUGGCUGCUAUAGAUGGCAUUGCUCUAGGAGGUGGAUUGGAGGUUGCUAUGGUUUGCCAUGCUCGCAUUUCAACACCGUCAGCUCAAUUAGGACUACCUGAACUUCAGCUUGGAAUCAUUCCUGGAAUGGGAGGGACACAACGUCUUCCCCGUCUUGUUGGCCUGCCAAAAGCCCUUGAGAUGAUGUUGAUGUCAAAGACUAUAAAAGGCACGGGGGCACAAGAAAGCGGCUUAGUUGAUGCUGUUACUUCAGCUAAUGAAUUGGUCAACGCUGCCUGUUCCUGGGCUCUAGAAAUUGUUGAAAAGAAGAAACCAUGGUUCAGAAGUCUCCACAGGACUGAUAAACUUCCAGAUCUUGCGGAAGUGAAGGAUGUUCUGAAAUUUGCAAGAGUUCAAGCUAAAAUGAAGGCUGCUAAUGUUCAGCAUCCCAUAGUUUGCAUUGAUGUUAUUGAAGAAGGAAUAGUCUCUGGCCCGCGUGCAGGUCUCAUGAAGGAAGCCCUCUCUGGGAAAAUGCUUGAGCAGUCUGAAACAAGCAAAAGCUUAAGACACUUUUUUUUCGCUCAGCGUGCUACUUCAAAGAUUCCAAAUAUUACCAACAUGGGUUUGACAGCACGGAAAAUUAAAAAGGCAGCUAUCAUUGGGGGUGGUCUAAUGGGAUCAGGCAUUGCAACAAUAUUGAUAUUGAACAACUUCAAUGUUGUCCUGAAAGAAGUAAAUGAACAGUUCUUAUCUGCUGGCAUUAACAGAAUUAAAGCCAAUUUGCAGAGUUUCGUCAAAAAGGGUCAACUUACUGUAGAAGAUUAUAAAAAGAAACUUUCUCUACUAUGUGGUGUUCUUGACUAUGAACAGUUCAGAGAUACAGAUGUAGUCAUUGAGGCAGUUAUUGAGGAUAUGUUUCUGAAGCAGCAAAUAUUUUCUGAUCUUGAGAAGUAUUGCCAUCAUAAUUGCAUAUUUGCCACAAACACUUCAACAAUAGACCUGAACAUAAUUGGUCAGAAGACAGCUUCUCAGGACCGCAUUGUCGGCGCACACUUCUUUAGUCCAGCUCAUGUCAUGCCACUGUUGGAAAUAGUUUGUACUCAUCAUACUUCUUCUCAAGUUAUUGUGGACCUGCUUGAUUUGGCAAAGAAGAUACAGAAAACACCAAUAGUUGUUGGCAACUGCACAGGUUUCGCUGUCAAUCGGAUGUUCUUUCCUUAUGCUCAGGCAGCUUGUUUUCUUGUUGAUCAUGGUCUGGAUGUGUAUCACACAGAUCGUGUGAUCACACAAUUUGGAAUGCCAAUGGGGCCCUUCCGAUUAGCUGAUCUUGUUGGUUUUGGUGUUGCCAUUGCCACAAGAAAGCAAUAUUACCAAAGUUAUCCUGAACGAUGCUACCAAUCAAUGCUGCUUCAGAUUCUUGUUGAGGAUAAUAGGACAGGUGAAUCUUCUCGUAAGGGCUUCUAUGUAUAUGAUGAUAAGCGCAAAGCCUCUCGAGAUCCUGAUUUGGGAAAGUACAUUGAAAAAUCAAGGAACAUGGCAGGUGUUAUGCAAGAUCCUAAGCUGAUGAAACUAACAGAUAAUGACAUCGUGGAGAUGAUCUUCUUUCCUGUGGUGAAUGAAGCCUGCCGAGUGCUUGAUGAGGGAAUUGCUCUCAAAGCAUCUGACCUCGAUGUAGCUUCCAUUAUGGGGAUGGGUUUCCCUUCUUACAGGGGUGGAGUAAUGUUUUGGGCCAACUCGCUUGGUGCGAAAUAUGUGUACGACAGACUGGAUGCAUGGUCGAAGGAUUAUGGGGAGUUCUUUAGACCCUGUGAAUAUUUGGCUGUGAGAGCUCGUCAGGGUGCAUCCCUGGCUGCCAAGGUUGAUGGUGUCAAAUCACGACUCUAG